GACGCAAAACUACCACGGCACUUUCCUUCUUUGAACACUUUUUGUUUUAGCCCUAGUUACAUGAUAGACAUUGUGGACCCUAUACCUGUACCAGCACCCGAUUGGUCGAGUUUUGGAGCUUACAAACGUGUUGAUCGCAAAGUCAAACCUGUUCCUGGA